CCCGCAUCGGCGCCGUCCCUCCACGGCCGCUGGUCCAGGCGCUCGGCUCCCUACCCGCUGCGCGGCCCCCGCCCCCAGCAUUAGCUGGGUGGCAUGAGUUUCCAUCAGCUCCUCCUCCGAGCCUCCUGGGGAGCCAAGAUCUCCUCUUCCCAUUUAAAUGCUGCAGGAGUUAUGGUUUAGUUGUUGUUGUUGUUGUUGAUUUUAGUGUUUAGUAUUAGUGUUAGGAGUAGAUUAUUGUUCGUAUUUUAGAGUUAGGCAUAGGUUACUUGUAGUCUUUUAGUGUUAGGCAUAGGUUCCUGUUCUUAUGUUAGAGUUAGGCAUAGGUUACUUGUAGUCUUUUAGUGUUAGGCAUAGGUUCCUGUUCAUACUUGACAGUUAGGGGUCGAUUGCUGGUGUCAGGUGGCAGUGAGCAGCGCUCACUCGACCGUCGAGGAGCAGAGUGUGAGUGGCUGCGCCAUUGCGUUGGGCCUCAGGAGAACAGUGUGUGACUGUGUGUGGAGCGUCCUGCGUGGCCGUUGCCAGAAAGCAGCCUCCUGGAGAGCAGCAGAGCAGCAGGCUGUCUGCGCUAUGGCCGCUGAAGUGCAUUUCUCGGCCCCGGAGAUCCCUGAGCCCACGCUGAUGGAGAACGUGCUGCGCUGCGGCCUCUUCUUUGGAGCCGUUUUGCAGCUUGUGUGCGUGUGGGCCAUAACCCUGCCAGUUGCCAAGUGCCCAGAGACAACCGUCGAGGAGCAGAGUGUGAGUGGCUGCGCCAUUGCGUUGGGCCUCAGGAGAACAGUGUGUGACUGUGUGUGGAGCGUCCUGCGUGGCCGUUGCCAGAAAGCAGCCUCCUGGAGAGCAGCAGAGCAGCAGGCUGUCUGCGCUAUGGCCGCUGAAGUGCAUUUCUCGGCCCCGGAGAUCCCUGAGCCCACGCUGAUGGAGAACGUGCUGCGCUGCGGCCUCUUCUUUGGAGCCGUUUUGCAGCUUGUGUGCGUGUGGGCCAUAACCCUGCCAGUUGCCAAGUGCCCAGAGACAACCGUCGAGGAGCAGAGUGUGAGUGGCUGCGCCAUUGCGUUGGGCCUCAGGAGAACAGUGUGUGACUGUGUGUGGAGCGUCCUGCGUGGCCGUUGCCAGAAAGCAGCCUCCUGGAGAGCAGCAGAGCAGCAGGCUGUCUGCGCUAUGGCCGCUGAAGUGCAUUUCUCGGCCCCGGAGAUCCCUGAGCCCACGCUGAUGGAGAACGUGCUGCGCUGCGGCCUCUUCUUUGGAGCCGUUUUGCAGCUUGUGUGCGUGUGGGCCAUAACCCUGCCAGUUGCCAAGUGCCCAGAGACAACCGUCGAGGAGCAGAGUGUGAGUGGCUGCGCCAUUGCGUUGGGCCUCAGGAGAACAGUGUGUGACUGUGUGUGGAGCGUCCUGCGUGGCCGUUGCCAGAAAGCAGCCUCCUGGAGAGCAGCAGAGCAGCAGGCUGUCUGCGCUAUGGCCGCUGAAGUGCAUUUCUCGGCCCCGGAGAUCCCUGAGCCCACGCUGAUGGAGAACGUGCUGCGCUGCGGCCUCUUCUUUGGAGCCGUUUUGCAGCUUGUGUGCGUGUGGGCCAUAACCCUGCCAGUUGCCAAGUGCCCAGAGACAGACUGGCACAGUCUUGGGACUCGGUCUGGCGAGCCAGUGAAGAAAGCCAAGGCAAGUGCUGCUCUGCUGAGGAAGAAAGCCCAGAAGGAGAGCAGAAAGAACCGAGCAGGGCUUGAGCGAGAAGGCCCACAGGACACUGGGAUCAGCUGCAAUGCUUCCUCGGAGGUGGCACCAAAGGCAGCGCACUGAGUCAGCGUCCGGUUUUGUGGCACGGCCGUGCUUUCCCUGUGACGGACAGUGCAGCGGAGCUGAGGCACCUGGAAGGGAAGGGCUUGUGCUGCAUUCCAAGCAAGGAGGGCUUGCCAGAGGCAGGUCUUCAUCUAUGGCAAGAGAUGGAGAGGCUGUGUUCCUUCAGGCUGCGUCUCUUCAGGGCCAGGGCCGGUCUAGUGUGAGAUUGAAGUACGGCUAGCCGGGCCUGGAGGGAGAGGAGCUGACGUAGCCACAGGGUCAGGCUUCUCCUUGUGUCUGCCUGGAGGCUGAUUGACUCCUUGCUAAGCAGAAACCCUGGGCGCUGGGGUUUCAUUUUGGGCUGUGUUGAUAGAAAUACAAGCCAGAGCCUUUUGUACUGAAUAAAAGCGAAACCGACUUUUUCCACA